AUGCGCAAUACCAAAAUUUUCUCGGGAUCCUCUCACCCUGCACUGGCCAAUAUGGUCUGCCAGCGUCUGGGAGUAUCUCUUGCUCCAGCAUCUCUCCAGAAGUUCAGCAACAAAGAAACAAGUGUAGAAAUGGGAGUGUCUGUAAGAAAUAAAGAUGUAUUCAUUAUUCAAAGUGGAUGUUACCAUAUGAACGAUGCUAUUAUCGAGCUGUGUAUCAUGGUUCAAGCUGCCCGAAUGGGGUCCGCCAAACGUAUUACUGCUGUAUUGCCAUAUUUUCCCUAUUGUAAACAGAGUAAACGCAAGGGCCGUACAUCUAUUACUGCCAAGUUGUUGACCAACAUGUUGUCUGUUGCUGGUGUGGACCAUAUUAUUACAAUGGAUCUACAUGCGUCCCAGAUGCAAGGAUUCUUCCGUGGUCCAGUCGACAAUCUGUAUGCUGAACCUGUCAUUGCCCAAUGGAUCAUGCGCCAUGUACCACAGUGGCAGAAUGGAGUAGUAGUGAGUAAGAAUGCAGGUGGAGCCAAGAGAGUUACAUCAUUGGCAGAUGCUUUGUGCCUUGAUUUUGCCUUGAUACACCAAGACAAGGCAUGCCAAGAGCCAGGAAUAACUUUGGUGGGAGAUGUGAAGAACAAGAUCGUAUUUUUGACAGAUGAUAUGGUUGAUAGCUGCGGUACAUUUUUAAAUGCUGCCGACCACUUGGUUAACAAAUGUGGGGCAGCUAGGGUUUAUUUAAUUGCUACUCAUGGUGUAUUAAGUGGAGAUGCCAUUGAACGAAUUGAAGCCUGUGAGAGCUUGGUAGUAACCAAUACAUUCCCUAUACCAGAAACCAAGGCCCAGCAUUCCACAAAACUAGUAAUGAUUGAUAUUGCCAUGACUUUGGCAGAAGCAAUUCGACGCACGCAUAAUGGUGAGAGUGUGAGUUAUCUAUUCAACCACACCGAUUAA